UCCGGGAGAUCCUUUGGGUUAAACUGGCCAGUGACGUGCGACAUAGGCUGGAAUAUUUGUAGUAGCCACGCCCCUCACGGAGAUUGUUUUCCUCUCCGGGGGAGAUUUUCAGUUUGCAAUCUACAGCUUGAAUGAUUUCUUUAAAAGAAAAGAAAAGAAAAAACAACGUCUCUGUUAAUUUGAUUUCUGCACAUGAUCUGCUUCGGUAUCUCUUCCAGCCAAAAGGUAAUAGUGGUCCAGAGCACGUAUCGGAUUAUCAAAGCAUCAUCUGCGAACUUCAGCCUACUGUUUAGGAGAGGGGUCUGUCUCCUCUCAUGAGUAUGAGUUCAUAAUGAAGCGGCGACUGGAGGAACAGGAAACGGUUUUUGCGUCCCAGCAGCGGCGCCUCCCUGGCAGCGCGGAGGCCUUCCAGCAUCGUGUCCUGGCCCCCGCUCCAGCCCCGGCUGUGUAUGAGGCGGUGCCUGACAACAUGCAGCCCACAGCAGGUGUCCAGUACUCCGUCCCUCAGGGAUUCCAGGUAUCCACGGUUUGUCCAGUGCAGUGCUCAUACAGGGACUUAGAGGUGCCCACUGUGGCUCAGAACAGUGGAGGGCACGGACACACCCCUAGCACAGCCGUCCAUGGAGGAUCUCACCACCACAGUCCGGCAGUCCAGUCCCAUGGACCCUCUGCGAUGCCAGUGCACAGUCAUACAGCUGCUCCUCAAGCCACACCUCAGGGCCAGCAGCAGUUCCAAAGGCUGAAGGUGGAAGAUGCGCUGUCUUACUUAGACCAAGUGAAACUGCAGUUUGGCAACCAGCCUCAGGUCUACAAUGACUUUCUGGACAUAAUGAAAGAGUUUAAAUCUCAAAGCAUUGACACCCCUGGGGUCAUCAGCCGAGUGUCACAGCUCUUCAAAGGUCAUCCUGACCUCAUUAUGGGCUUCAACACCUUCCUGCCUCCUGGCUACAAAAUCGAGGUUCAGACCAACGAUCUGGUUAAUGUGACUACACCUGGUCAAAUUCACCACAUCACCCCACAUGGCAUUUCAGUCCAGAACAUCCCCAUAACUGGAACAACUACCACACACCAAGCCCAGCCCCAAUCUACCACGACUACCAGCGCUCCACCACUUCUGACACAGCCCACCGGUGCCAAGCUCAACAAGCCUCUCCAGUCACCGGCCUUGACCCCGAGCAGCCAGAGCAAUCCAUCCAUCCCCCCUUACUCCUCACCACGCUCGCCACCCAUGCAACUCCAUCCGCCACUCAGCGGGACCCCAACUGGCCCGCCCAUGCAGAACAACCAGCCUGUGGAGUUUAACCACGCCAUUAACUACGUCAACAAGAUAAAGAACCGCUUCCAAGGCCAGCCCGACAUCUACAAAGCCUUCCUGGAGAUCCUCCACACAUACCAGAAGGAGCAGCGGAAUGCGAAAGAGGCUGGCGGGAACUACACCCCAGCACUAACUGAGCAGGAGGUUUACGCUCAGGUGGCUCGGCUUUUCAAGAACCAAGAAGACCUCUUGUCAGAGUUUGGACAGUUUCUUCCUGAUGCCAACAGUUCUGUGCUAUUAAAUAAGACCACAGCGGAGAAGGCAGAGUCUGUACGGAAUGACCAUGGAGGCACUGCCAAAAAACUGCAGCUUAACAACAAACAGAGGCCAAAUCAGAACGGCUGUCAGAUCCGUCGGCAUCCAGCUUCGGGGGCCAUGCCGCCACUCAAGAAAAAGCCCAAGUUGUUGAAUUUGAAAGAUUCCCCAGUGACAGAAACUGGGAAACAUGGUGUCGGAACAGAAUCUCUGUUCUUUGAGAAGGUGCGCAAAGCCUUACGAAGUGCUGAAGCCUACGACAAUUUCUUGCGGUGUCUGGUCAUCUUCAACCAGGAGGUAAUCUCCAGAGCUGAACUGGUGCAGCUGGUGCUACCUUUUUUAGGGAAAUUCCCCGAGCUUUUCAACUGGUUUAAAAACUUCCUGGGUUAUCGAGAGAUGUCCCACAUUGAAACUUACCCUAAGGAACGGGCCACUGAAGGGAUCGCCAUGGAGAUUGAUUAUGCUUCCUGUAAGAGACUUGGCUCCAGUUACAGAGCUCUUCCAAAAAGCUACCAGCAGCCCAAGUGCAGCGGCAGAACUCCACUUUGUAAAGAGGUUUUGAAUGACACCUGGGUUUCCUUCCCUUCCUGGUCUGAAGACUCAACAUUUGUCAGCUCUAAGAAGACUCAGUAUGAGGAACAUAUUUACAGAUGUGAAGAUGAACGAUUUGAGCUGGAUGUGGUGUUGGAGACCAAUCUGGCUACCAUCCGAGUCCUGGAGACAGUACAGCGGAAAUUGUCCCGCAUGUCUGCCGAGGAGCAGGCCAAAUUUCGCUUGGACAACACACUGGGCGGCUCCUCUGAGGUUUUACAUCGUAAAGCCGUCCAGAGGAUAUAUGGAGACAAAGCACCUGACAUCAUCGACGGCUUGAAGAAAAAUCCGGCUGUAUCUGUUCCCAUUGUGCUGAAAAGGUUAAAGACCAAGGAUGAAGAGUGGCGGGAAGCCCAAAGAGGCUUCAACAAGAUCUGGAGGGAACAGAAUGAGAAGUAUUACCUCAAAUCCCUCGACCAUCAAGGCAUCAACUUCAAACAGAACGACACCAAAGUGUUUCGCUCCAAGUCCCUGUUGAAUGAAAUUGAAAGCAUCUAUGAUGAACGCCAGGAGCAGGCAUCAGAAGACAAUGCUUCCCCACCCACGGGCCCCCACCUGACUCUGCCAUAUGAGGACAGCCAGAUCCUGGAAGACGCAGCGGCACUCAUCGUCCACCAUGUUAAGAGGCAGACCAGUAUUCAGAAAGAGGACAAAUACAAGAUCAAACAGAUCAUCUAUCACUUCAUCCCCGACAUGCUGUUUGCGCAGCGCGGCGAGCUAUCGGACAUAGAAGAGGAGGAGGAAGAAGAAGAGAUGGGUAUUGAGGAAGGGGCUUCUAAAAAACACAACGGUGUUCCUGGCAGCGGAAGUCCCUCCAAAUCCAAGUUGCUGUUUAGCAACACGACAGCACAGAAACUGCAUGGCUGUGACGACCCUUACAACCUUUUCUAUGUUAACAACAACUGGUACAUCUUCCUGCGCUUGCACCAGACACUGUGCUCACGACUGCUACGGAUUUACGGGCAGGCAGAGCGCCAGAUCGAGGAGGAUGUCAGGGAACGUGACUGGGAGAGAGAAGUGCUGGGGCUCAAGAGGGAGAAGAACGACAAUCCAGCCAUCCAGCUGAGACUAAAGGAACCAAUGGAUAUCGAAGUUGAAGAUUAUUACUCAGCCUUUUUGGAGAUGGUUCGCAAUUUGCUGGAUGGGAAUAUGGAAGCGUCCCAGUAUGAGGAUUCACUCCGAGAAAUGUUCACUAUUCACGCGUUCAUCACCUUCACAAUGGAUAAGCUCAUCCAGAGCAUUGUCCGACAGCUUCAGCACAUCGUGACUGACGAGAUCUGCAUCCAGGUGACAGAUCUGUACCUGGCAGAGAUCGCUAACGAGGCCACCGGCGGAACCAUGUCCACCCAGCCGUCGAGGAGCUCCGCAGAGGCCAUCUACCAGAGGAAAGCUGAGCAACUCAUGUCUGAUGAGAACUGCUUCAAGGUGAUGUUCUUGCGAAACAGAGGCCAGGUUCAGCUCACAGUGGAGCUGCUUGACACAGAGGAGGAGAACUCUGAUGAGCCCAUGGAAGCUGAGCGUUGGUCUGAUUAUGUUGGACGCUAUUUAAACCCAGAUUCCACCACCCCUGAGCUGAGGGACCAUCUCGCACAGAAACCAGUUUUUCUUCCCAGGAAUCUAAGGCGGAUCAGGAAGUACCAGAAGGGACGAGACCAGCUGGAUAAGGAGGCCUGCGAUGGCGGGAAGAAAUCUCUGGAAAAGGAGAAAAUGGAGUGUAUGUUCAAACUCAACUCUUACAAGAUGGUCUACGUUUUCAAGUCAGAGGACUACAUGUACAGACGUACCGCUCUGCUGCGAGCUCACCAGUCACACGAGAGGGUGAGCACACGGCUGCACAAGCGCUUCCAGGCCUGGGUGGAGGCAUGGGUGAAGGAGCACGUCACGCAGGACAUGAGCGCCGAGACCAAUAAGUGGCUGAUGGGCGAAGGACGUGACGGCUUGUUACCGUGCACUACCAGCCGCCAGCCAGAGGUCCUUCACUUCAUGAAUAUCAACAAGUACCGCGUCAAGUACAGCAGCCCUGUCAGCAAGGCGCCAUAGCCGCCCAGGAGAGCGGAGAACAGGACUCAUUUCUGCAGGUGUUUGUUCUGAGGUCAGAGUAGAGGGACGAGGGGUUAUGAAUAUGUUUUUAAGGCUGACAUGGGAGCACAAUUAAGCUAGCUACCGUGUGGGUUGCACCCAGGGCGGCAGGAUUACUGAUUUUUACCAGCGUUUUUAGCUGGACUUGUUUUUUUGUUUGUUUGUUUUCCUCUCUCUCUUGUCAUAGGGCCUUCUGUGCCAAAACUUAGGAAUGGUCAUGUCCCAGUCGCUGAGCUGAGCUCUUACCAGCACUCAGAUCCACACGUACCUGAGCCUUUAACAAAGGGCUUGGCAGUGUGAACGGUAACCCGACGAGAGACAGAGUGGUGCUUUUUUUUUCUUCUUUGCAUUUAUCACAGCCGAGCUUCGAAUCCGUUACUGAGCGGCCGUCCUGUGUGAAGCCAUCAGGGUCAGAGCUCCAUUGAAAUCAGUCACACACGGGGGUUUCUUCUCAACAGCAUUAUGCCGCGGUAUCCACACAAAACUAAACGGUGGACAAAGUGCACUUAUAAAAAGAAAAUGAAAUGUUUAAGGGGAUUAUUUUUGUUUUUACCAUUUUUGGGGAAAGCUCAUCAAAGUCUGGUUCAGACAUUCCUGCAUUGAGGCCAAAUCACAUUUAUGUACCUAUCGCUCACAAGACAGAAAGAGGGUUACAGUUCUUUUUCCAAAUCAAAUGGCAGCAUUAUUACAACCUGUGCCUGAGCCCCAAGCAGUAUUGUCAGGUUCAGAGUGUCACAUUUUAUGUACAAAAGCAGAGAAACGCCUCACAACACUGUUUGGUCUCAGACUGUAAAAUUGUAUAUCUUCUGAAUGUCAGACGCUGACAUGUAAUCCAGAUGUGUUGUGUGUGUGAGUGCGUGCGUGUGUAUAUAUUAUAUAUAGUUCUAUUAACACAAAUGAUCCUCGCCGCCCUGGAGGGCAACCUUUUUUAAAACGCCACUGGCAUCGCCGUACACCAACACACCAGCUUGUACACACAGCUGUCCACAUGCCGCUCACACUGUAAAUACAAUGUACAUAAUCUCAGACUUUUUAUGACAGAUCUGUGUCGUUGUGCUAGUAACACUUUCCAAGCUUACUGUGGACUUUAGUGAGAAAUGGCUAAAGUUAGUGUGUAUACACAAAAAAAGACAACUGCAAGACCGUUUAUUACAGUUUUUACCAAAGGGAGUUGAUUACAAAAGUAACUGUUUUUUCCCCCUUUGUGUGUCCUUUAAGUAUGUAUUUUUAAUUUUGGUAGUUUAAGAAAAAAAACAUGGAGAAGUAGGAAUGUAUCCAGGUUCUUCUGUUUUUAUAUGUUGUUUUUUUUUUUCCUUAAAUGUGGCAUCUGGUACAUCCAUUGGUGUAAUGAUCACUGCCCCUUUUUGGCAAGCCAGCGUCUGUGGGUGGAUGGUGGGACACUGACUCAUAUCACAGUUUGAGUCCUCAGGUGAACGGACUCUUCAAUGGGCUCAACCUCGUGAUCCCCCCCCCACCCACCCACCCCCCGAUAGAUUUCUGCUGAGAACAUCAUCAUCAUCACACCAUAUUUUUGAUAUUGGAACAAGUCAAACUCGCAUGUCUUUAGUCCUUUUAUUUAGGCAUUAUUUAAAGUAAUAAUAAAAAGACAUUUGUAGCCUAUGUAA